AUGAUUGAUAAUUGUGUUUCUACGAAGAAACAAGAUAUCGACAUAAUCAAUUUUCGCUACGGCACCAGAUACAGUCAACGUGACAUCCAUCCAUUGUUGAAUGCUUAUAAAAUAAUGCCUGUUGAAUUGUUUGAAUUAGCAUCACCCGUUGAAAUCGUCCAAGCAUUUCUAAAUGAGUCAAAAUUUUUAACGUCAUUGAAAUUAUAUAUUCUUAAACCAUUUACAACAACUUGUAUAAAGAUAUCAUGUUCUCAUCAAACAAAACAGUUAAACAUUGAAUUUAAAGAAUAUGUUGACUUGUAUACGUCGGAUUCAAUCCAACAAGCAUCAGUCUAUCAAUCAAAAUGUCAGUGUAGCGCCAUGUAUUAUCCAAACACAUACACCUAUGGAUCAUCACGAUACGUUACAUCGGUUUCGAUAUUGAAUCAAUCAUCCAUUUAUCUUGGUGGAAAAUCAGCAUAUACAAUGGAGGUACUGUACGAUUUUGCCGGUGCAUUAAAAUCUAUGUAUUCCGGAUUCGAAAACUUUUGUAAUUCUUACAAUGAUCGAAUCAUGAAUAGCGUUCUAAAUAAACAAUUACCAAAUGAACAAGAGAUUAUCAACAACUUACGUUUACUCGAACGACGUUCAUUCCAAAACACUUGGUUAGUGUAUCGAACGGCGUUAUUCCAUUUUUUUAUGACAAAUUCCAGUUCAAUAGAAAUACCCUUAUUAGUAAGUGACACAAAACAACGAAACAACUAUUUUCUUUCGAACAUUGAUCGAUGGAAUGUAUUAUUCACAAGUUUAUGGUCGUCUCACAAGGAUAUAAAACCGUGUAAAGAAAAUUGUUCAGUUGCUCUAAUUACUGAUGGAUGCCAGAAACCAGAUCGGCAUAUAUGUGGAUUUCGAGAGGUUUACAUUGAGUCAGAAGAACUUGGAAACAUUCAGUGGGGAUGCGGUGCACACCCAUUAAAUGAUAAGCAACACCAAUCAAAAUCAAAAUAUUGUGGUAAACAUCAGCAUCAUGAGUCCAAAUUCAACACCGACAAACUUCAACAGCAAAAAAUAUUCGACGAAAAUCAAGAUACAAAAUAUUAUACAGAUGCUGAUUGUAACGUGUCGCGUGAUGAUAGAUUUAUGUCUCGUACAACAUCGUAUGGUAUUUUAAUUACAUUAUUGAAUUGCGGAGUGAUUGUUUCAUUCGAAGAAUUGUACCUUUGCGAAUCAACUACUCGUACAUUGUAUCAUUGGAUUAAAACGAUAAACAAUUAUUCCAGAUCAACAACAAUUAUCAUGCCUCGCUAUUGGAUAUACGACAAUGCAUGCGGUAUGUUGUUAACAUUUAAUGCACGUCUACGUAAUCAACGAAUCAUAAUUACACCCGCAGUAAAACAAUUACAAAAUAUGAGAUUCGUAAUCGAUAGAUUCCAUAUGGAAAAUCACAAACGAUCAAUAUGUAAAAUAAAGACAAACCCAAGCAAAUAUCAUGAGCUCAACGACGUGAACACGCAAGCAUGCGAACAAUUAAAUGCAAAAAUUAAACAGUACCAAAAUGCAUUUUCAAGUUACACUGAUCCAAAAAGUCGUAUCUUCUACUUAAUAUUAUUCCACGAAUUUAAUUGUAAAUUAACAAAAAUAUCUCCGUACAAAAAUCAUUCGAACUAUGUCAAAAUGUAA